AUGGUCUGGUUAGUGAUUACUCACUCCGUAUUGGAGAGUUUGAGAGCGGAGAAGCAAUUUGAUGAGAACAUGUCGGUGGAAGAAUUGAAGAGAAAAUUAUAUCCCAUUGUCGGAACGGAACCUCAAUAUAUGAAUUUACAAGUCUUCUCGAAUGAAAAGGAUGAACAACCAGUGCUGAAUGGAUUGGAUGAUUCCCGAACGCUGGCAAGUUAUGGCAUUCAUCGGGAUUGUAUGCGAAUUCAUGUCAUUGAUCAAGAUCCGAGCACUAAAUUUGUAGGAGAAGGAGAGGAAGAAGUUGAAAAGUAUGUCAUUAGUGAGGAGGAUUAUGAUAAGAGGGAAGAUACGUUUAGAAAAUGGAAAAAGAAACAUAUUGAUCCUUAUGUGAGCAAGACGGUGAAACCAAUCUCUGCCGAUGAAGAAAAGUAUAACGAUGUGAAAUGUAUUGAGGGAAUUACGAAGGACAGUAGGUGUGAAUUGAAUGACUCCAAAUUGAGAGGACAAGUUAAAUUUGUUGGAAAAGUUCAAUUUGCAAAAGGAUAUUGGGUGGGAAUUCAAUUGGAUGAACCCAUGGGAACCAAUGAUGGAUCUGCCAAUAAUAAGCGAUAUUUCACUUGUCCUCCAAAGCAUGGAAUUUUCAUAAGGCCUGAUAUGGUUACGAUUGGAGAUUUUCCGGAAGAAAAUUACGAUCUUGAGGAGUUUUAA